CACUAUUGAGUACUAGCAUUAGUAUCGGGAGAGCCGGCGCCAACGCAUGUGCGCGCCGAUACGUGAUCACACUAAUCUGGAUUAAAUACGGAGCCGACAUGGGACUCAUUUGGGCUGUGAUCAUCGCGGCGGGACUGGUCGCCUUCGCCGACUGCGCGCCCCCAGGGAAACCCAGUCUUGGCUGGGGUGAGCGCACCUUCGCCAUUAUAGAAGUCAACCAGGCCGCUACAGCUUACAACCAGCUCGUCAAAAAGAAGGAUGCCGCCGACGUUUCUGUGACAUGGAAUGUUUGGUCUGGAGAUCCUGCUGAGAAGGCGAGGGUCCUGCUUAAUGGAAAGGAGUAUUGGACUGGUGCAGCCGGAGCGUCCGGAUCAGCGACCUUCAAAGUGAAGAAGGGCGGAAGGUACCAAAUGACGGUUGAGCUCUGCAACAAGGAUGGCUGCAGCUCGAGCGACCCCACCGAGAUUAUAGUAGCUGAUACAGAUGGUAGCCAUUUACCGCCUUUAGAUUUUACGGUUGGAGAGAAAAAUAAAUUGUUCAAGCAAACCUCAGGAAAAGUGGUUGGUGCGUACUUCGUAGAAUGGGGAGUUUAUCCCAGAAAGUUCCCAGUUGAUCGUGUGCCAAUUCCAAACUUAACUCACUUGUUAUAUGGUUUCAUUCCAAUUUGUGGUGGUGAUGGUAUCAACGACAGUUUGAAAGAAAUCGAAGGUAGUUUCCAAGCUCUGCAGCGUUCGUGCAGCGGCCGUGAGGACUUCAAAGUAUCCAUUCAUGAUCCAUGGGCUGCUUUACAGAAACCACAAAAGGGACUUUCCUCGUGGAACGAACCCUAUAAGGGUAACUUUGGCCAGCUGAUGAUGUUAAAGCAAGCUAGACCCGAUCUGAAAAUUCUGCCUUCCGUUGGUGGAUGGACACUUGCUGAUCCGUUCUUCUUCUUUACCGACAAAACAAAGAGAGACCGUUUCGUAGCUUCUGUAAAAGACUUCCUUGAGACUUGGAAAUUCUUCGAUGGUGUUGACAUCGACUGGGAAUUUCCCGGAGGUAAAGGUGCUAAUCCAGAUCUUGGUAGUCCAAAAGAUGGUCAGGUUUACGUACUCCUCAUGAAAGAACUUCGUGAAAUGUUGGAUGCACUUUCCAUAGAAACUGGCAAGAAAUAUGAACUCACUUCAGCUAUCAGCGCCGGUUGGGAUAAGAUUCAGGUAGUUGACUACAGCGCUGCUCAGAAAUAUAUGGACCAUAUCUUUUUAAUGAGCUACGACUUUAAGGGAGCCUGGUCCAAUGACACUUUGGGUCACCAGACCUCUUUAUAUGCACCUUCAUGGAGUCCUAAGGAGACAUACACGACCGACUUUGGAGUUAAAUUCCUGUUAGCUCAAGGAGUGAGCCCCAAGAAGAUCGUUGUUGGAGUUGCCAUGUACGGCCGAGGUUGGACUGGAGUUCAUGAUUACGAGAACGAUAUUCCAUUCACAGGCAAUGCCACAGGUCCCGUAAAAGGCACAUGGCAAGACGGUGUAGUGGAUUAUAGAGAGAUUGCUAAUGAAAUAGCUAUAGGCAAAUGGGAGUACCAUUAUGAUAAUGUUGCCCAAGCACCUUACGUCUUCAGGCCGUCUACUGGCGAUCUAAUAACAUACGAUGACGCCAGAUCUGUUAUAGAAAAAGGAAAGUAUGUAAGAAAUAAUAAACUUGGUGGUCUGUUCGCUUGGGAAAUUGACGCGGACAAUGGUGAUAUACUAAACGCAAUGAAUAUGGGUCUCGGAAAUAGUUCGUGAUAGUGCAAAACUAGACUGAUUGUGAUCAUAACGUAAGUGUUAAUAUAAGUAAUUUCCGUGUUGUAAUAUAAAAGAAUGAGUGUAUGUGAAAGAUUAUAUGUUUAAUUACAA